AUGGGCUCUGUCCUCUCAGAUCCAUGCUGUGGCAACGGGUCAGGAGAUGAUUCGACUGAAACCAGGGACGUGGUACCAGCACUGGUGCCAAGUGCUGAGAUACCGGCUCGCCUGACCGACAACACGAAGCUGGCAGGUCCAAAGCCCAAAGCUUCGAAGCCCAGAAAAGAGGACGUCAAGACUCUCAAGGAUAUGGGCUUUGAGGAGGUUGCUGCGAAGAAUGCUCUGGAAGCGACCAACGGCAAUCUUGACCAAGCGAUGCAGCUGCUGCUGUCAACUGUGUCGCCCGAGCCCGCGCCUCCAACGAGCCCUCGUUCCCCGCCCCCGCGGGCACAGCCGACACCGACGGCACCUGUGUCAAGUGCCAUGGACGAGAAGAUUGCUACUCUCGUGGGCAUGGGCUUUACGGCCACCCAAGCGCGAAAUGCAUUGGACGGCUGCAGUGGAAAUGUGGAAAGAGCAGUCGAGUACCUCAUGGCCUCGGGCGAAUGA